AUCUCCCUUUUAAACAAAGACAGGUGGCGCUCCGAAAAUUGAUGAAACAUGUCCCAGACGUUGUUUGAGGCACUUACAGGUGCUGGUGGUGAUAAUCAAACUGCUGUAGCAGUUCAAUCUUUACUUGAUUCACAAUCUGUUCCAGAAACACAAGAUGAAGAAGAUUUAUUUCAAUGUGGAAAAUGUAAAAAACAGUUUAAUUCUUUACCAUUGUUUGUUGGUCAUAAACAAUCUGAAUGUUCUGUUAUUGUACCAGUGAUGUCACAAUUACGACCUGUACAAUCUGUAGUACAACCUAUAACACCCUCUACAUCAUAUACCACAGUUAAUAGUGCACAGGCUAUGAACCAGCCAUUGAGUGCAUACAGUACUAUACCAACAUCACCUUUACCUCAGAUAUCAACACAAAAUCUAGUACUUAGUGAUGACCUUAUGACCUUUACAAACCUUGAUAAUAGUUUACAAAAUUCUACAAUCCAGAUGGUAACAACGCCAUUUAAUAACCGAACGAGUAAUAAUGUGUCUAUAUUAAGUCCUGUGAAUGUUACGACUACAUUUGCUUCUAAUGGAUCAACUUAUACCCAGUGUGUGCCAUCUAAUUAUACCAAUACCUUACCUGUACAUCAACAAACACAACAAAUUACCUUUACUACAAUACAACAAGAUAAUAAUAAACAACAAAAACACACAACUAAAGCAGGGAGAAGAACUCGAACAAAUGUAACACGAGCUAUGAAAGAAGAUGAUCACAUGAUACAAGUUGGUUAUAAAGUUAAAUUAGAUGACGGUACUCCUGGAGUUACACCAAAUAAGAAGAAACUCAAAUGUCAAUAUUGUCAGAAAUUAUUUGCUAAAAACUUUGAUCUACAGCAACAUAUCCGAGCUCACACAGGAGUUAAACCAUUCCAAUGUAUUGUUUGUGGUCGAGCCUUUGCACAGAAAUCAAAUGUGAAGAAACACAUGGCUACUCAUAAGGUUUGGCCUACAAGUUUAGCAUCAUCUCUACCUGAACAGCCAUUAGCGGAACUUGUAACAGAUGAACAGGAAGAAGAGGAACAUCAACACCAACACCAGAUGUUACCUGAUCCAGAUCAAUCAAUUCCUACCUCACAAUCUCCUGAUGAAAAAGGUGGAAAUUCUAAGAUAAAGGUUGUGAUAGAUAAUUCGUAUGUAUGUCACUAUUGUCCAGCUAAGUUUAAAACCUACUUCCAGUUAAAGACUCAUAUGGUGGAACAUAAAGUUGAACAGGUUUAUAAAUGUGUGAUGAAGAAUUGUGGUAGUACAUUUCAAGAACUAGAUGCGUUUCUAGAGCAUACUAAAACUCAUGAAGAAGAGAUGUCAUACAGAUGUCAUCUGUGUAAUAAAUACUUCCCAUCUUUAUAUGAACUAGGUGUACAUCAAUAUACACAUAGUUUAUAUCCUAAUCAGGGUCCUAAACCAGGUCCCAGACAUUUUCAAUGUAAUAAAUGUUUAAAUAAAUAUUCUACACCUGAAGCUUUAGAUGCCCACUUGGCCUCAACUAGUCAUCAGUAUCAAUGUCCACAUUGUGAGAAAUAUUUUACUUGUGAGAGAUAUUUACGUCGUCAUUUACCUACACAUGGUACUGAAGGUCAGUUUCAGUGUACUGUAUGUUGGAAGAAGUUUAAAACUGAACAUUAUUUAAAGAUGCAUCUAUUGAUCCAUACGGGAGAAAAACCAUUCUCUUGUAAUAUAUGUAGCCAUUCAUUUAAUCGUAAAGAUAAAUUAAAACGUCAUAUGUUGAUACAUGAUACAGUUAAAAAAUACAGGUGUCCUUUUAAAUCGUUAACAGGUUGUACCAAAGAGUUUAACAGACCCGAUAAAUUAAAGGCCCAUAUUAUAUCACAUAGUGGUAUCAAGCCCUUUAAAUGUACCAUGUGUGGUAAGGGAUUUAGUCGUAAACCUCAUCUAGUCGAGCAUGAACGAGGACAUAAGGCCGACUAUAAAUAUCGCUGUGAAAAAUGUGGCAAAGGCUUUUUUAGGCCAAAGCUCUUCUCGGAGCAUAAAUGCGUAGAACCAAAAAUCGGCGGUGCAGAGUCUAAUAUUUUUCGUCCCCGGAGUAGACGAAAGAUCGGUAGACCCAGGAAACGUAACUCCGAGCCUGCUGUAAAAACAGAAUCAAGAGAACCGGUGAACAAACCAUACGGUACCAGAUCGACUACAAGACCCAAAAAACCUACAAAUAUUGGAGUAACUUUGGAGGAAACAGGGCAAGUUCCGCCCUUGGUGUCUCAAGGUGAAAUGAACAAUGUGACCUCAUCUGCGAUGAAACAACAUAUGGAUAGUUAUUCCGGAACAGUUGCUAAUGUUGCUGUAACACCUAGUGCUAAUAUGAUGAAUUCGUCCACGGUCGUCCUGGAAACCAGAAAAACGCAAUCCAUGUUAGAACAUGAAUACGGACAAGGGGAGUUAAUCGAUCAUUAUGUCGUACAUUUAGCAGAAGCCAGCGACGGAAGUGCUCCCACUAUUCAAACAACAUUUAUUCCCGCUGUUUCGGGAACGCAGGUUCUGACAGAAAACGGCGCUAUACCCGUGACUAUCAUCGAAGCUCAACCUGUUCAGAUGUCGGAUCAAGGAUUUGCUGUUUCUCGUGACGAUUCCAUGGUGACAGCUCAGGUUCUUGUAGCAUCUUCACGAGAUGGACAGCAGACCCUAGUGACUUGCCCCGCCCAAUUGGUCGAUUAUAGUACCAAUGAUAACGACCCCGUUUUACAAGGUACGGAAAAUAUGCUGAAAGCAUCUGCUGAAAUUCUGAGUUCUUCUGGUCCACAUGAACUUUUACAUCAUCAGACUUCUCACGAAGAACUUUUACAUAAUCAGGCCUCCCAUUCAGAACUUUUACAUAAUCAAGCCUCCCAUGCUGAACUUUUACGGAACUCGAAUACUGAUUGUUUAUGAUGUUGUUAUUGUUACAAAUUAGUCGAUUUGUAAAAUUAUAUUCUGUCGUCGAAUAUCUUUUGAUAUUGUCUUAGGUUUUCUUAUUUUUCAUGUUGAUAUCUAUUUACAAUAUUCACUGGUGACAAAUGUUAGAAUAUGUCUUUUUUCUUGUCAGUUCUAAUGAAUGUAUGCAAAAAUUUUGAUCUUGAUCAGGCCGGGAAGAAAUGGCUUUAAUUUACCGGUACCCAAGAAAAUAUCAUGCAUUAAUAAACUAGUAUCUGAGAUUUUGAAAUUUGUGUCGGAUAUUACAAUUGAAGAGACCCGGGGAAGAAAGAUCUAAGUCACUUUUUCAACGAACCCCAGUUAAUGGCGUAAUCAGGUAGAAAAUUGUACAAGCUUUCUGUGGAACAAUCAAUUUCAGGUAAAAACGAUUGGAGUCGCAUCGAACCAAGGCCCUUCUGAAAUGGCCUAACGGACAAAUACAAGUCCAUCAUACCCUUUAUUUGACCUUAAUUUGGCUGAAAAGUGGAAGUCAGUUGUUGUACUGGUAAUUAUGAUCAGUAUUAAACAUCAUUUUGAAGUUGUAAUUAAACCCAGUCGUUGUUCUGUUCGUGUCAAGCAUUUUCAUUGAAAGGUCUGUUUUGCCAUUUAUGCAAAAAGACAAAAAUUUGACUUGGAUCGUUCUUCCCAUGGACUCUUCAAUUAUCACCGAUAACACAAAUCGGUACCAGAUUAAUCGACAGGCACCAGAGGUAUUAUGUCUGACAUAUCCUCAAUUUAUACCUAACAAUGGCUGUGGCAGGUGCUUUAUUUCUAGUGUUGUGUUUAUUAGUACAUGAUAUUUGUAUAUACUGUUUUAAAUAUACAAGGUGGUCGAAAGGUUAGCAUGUGUGCAUGCGAUCAUAAGGUCUGUCAUUGAGUCAACUGGCGUAGUUUCGAUUCCCGCUUGUAUGUGACAAAAAGUAGGGUUGCCUGUACAACCUUGUGGGUUUUCUCUGGGUCCUCCGGUUCCUCCCAAUGUUAAAGACCCCUACGCGCAAGUGAAGUUAGACCCUGAAAUGACCCACUUUGUGACAAGUGGAUGUUAAAUUCCAUUUUUCUCUCUCUUUCUCUCUAGAUAUACAAUGUAUAUUUAAUGAUUUAAGAAUAAUAGAGCUUUAAUAUCUAUAUAAUAAGUAUUUGGUUGUUAAUUAUUGUAUAUUGGUUGCUAGUUGUAAGCUUUUGCUACAUGUAUAUUUAUCAAAUCUAACAUUUAUUAUCCAUGUUGUCAUCAGGUCUGGAAAUAACGAUUUUAGAUGUACCUCAAACAUUGUCAGGCACCGAUGAAAUAUUACCAGGCAUUUUUAACUUAGUGCCGGACAUGUAUUAAUAAUUUCAAUAAAAAAGAUAAAUCAGUGCCGGACAAAAUGACAGGCACCAGAGGUUUUGUGCCUGAAUCUGUGCCUGACAUUGUCUGUGACAGGUGCCUUAUUUCCUGGCUUGGUUUGACGAGUGUUGAAAGCCCCAGUUCUUCAUUUGUAUUCUUCAGACAAUAUCUCAAUUUUCAUGUCGCCUGUCUAACCUCGUGGGUUUCAUCAGGGUCCUCCGGUUUCCUCCCACUGCUAAAGAACCCUACGCGCAAGAGAAUUAUUGAAAUAAAAAUUGAACCAUAUGUUGGUCCCGAAAUGACCUAGUUUGUGUCGAGUGGAGGUUAAACCCCAUCUCUCUCUCUCUCUCUCUCUCUCUCUUGGUGAUUCUGUCAGGUCUUAUCAUAUUUUGAGGUUAGUCGUAGCAAUCCUGUUAGUCGUAUUGAAGUGUAUCUGCACGUACCAGAUCGUCGACUCAAUAGGGACAAUCCUAUCGUAACGCAUCGCACGACACUGGGAACCUAACAUUACUGAAGGAUGCAAAUAUUUGUAAAUGCUGAAAGAUAAUUUUGGGCUUAUUCCUUUUAGAGAUUCAACUUUUUCACGGAUUUCAAAAUCCCACAAAAGAUGAUUAACGACUUUAACUGUGUUUCUAUGGAAAUAUUUUUUAUCAAACUUCUUUUUACUAUUCAUAACACAACUUUAUGGAUUUACUACUUCUUAGUUUAUUACAUACAAAAUGGCGACAAAAUGGAAGUUAUCUACUCGCGCACACAAACAAAAGCUUGAAACGUGCCUUUGAAUCAAUUAUCCGGCUCUCGCAGAUUAUUUUUAAUCGGGCUAAGAUUUAAUUUCGGUCUUCGGAUAACUCAGAUCUUCAUCACGUAACUCAUAUAAAAUUGGACAGUCCACUUAGAUCCGACUUACAUGAGGUUUACUGUAUAGUUUUUCUACGAACUUAUUAAUUAAUAGGAAUGAAAUACAAUUGGACAGUCCACUUAGAUCCGACUUACAUGAGGUUUACUGUAUAGUUUUUCUACGAACUUAUUAAUUAAUAGGAAUGAAAUACAAUUUACUUUAUGUAAUAUAAGACAUUCUUAAUAGAACUCUAUAGUAUUUCUUUGAACUUCUUAAAGAUACAUUAUGUAAGAUUUAGAUAAAGAGCUAGACAUUCUUGCUAUAAUAGUUCCAAAAUAGAUAAUGUAAAUUGAAUAAUUUGAAAAUUUCAUUCAAAUUACUCUGCUGCGAGCGAAGAUAUUAGCCUUUGAAGGUUUGAUAAGACGUGUGCAAUAAUUUCAACCACGAUACUGGUUGUGUUCGAAGCAAAGUCUUGCUCCUCCAUUUUUUAGCUUAAAUCAAAAUAUGUCAGAACUUUUCUAAUCUAUUUAAUAUCGGAGAAAUUUGAUGCUAUCGAAAGUUGAUUUUGGCCUGGAUCAGUUAAUUAAUGUCUAAUUAAUUGAUGUAUGUUUAAUAGGAGUGAACUACAAUUUACUUUAUAUAAGACAUUCUUAAUAGAACUCCAUCUAUUAAUUAAUAGGAAUGAAAUGUGUCAGCUUAUUUUUUUAAAAUUUAAGAUAUU